AUGAUGGCUGGAAUCCAAACAGCAAAGAAGGAUCUCCGCAAAAGAAUGCGGGAUGUCCUGCAGAGAAUCCCCGCGGAAUCUAUCGUCACUCAAUCUAGGACUGCUGCGAUUAGACUAUUCGCCCUUCCUGAAUACCAAAAGGCCAAGAGAAUAGGUGUAUAUCUUUCGAUGCCGACAGGCGAACUGUCGACGACAGACAUAGUCCAGGACGCCUUCAAAAACCACAAGGAAGUUUUCGUGCCUUAUAUUCACAGCAUCGAAACUACAACUACGCAGCAGAAGACUUCUGUCAUGGAUAUGCUAGCCUUGGACUCGAUGGAGGAAUUCAUGGCCUUGGAGCGCGACAAAUGGGGCAUCCCGUCCUUUACAAAGGCACAAGCGCUGAGCAAGAAGGAUUGCUUCGGCGGAACCGGACUCCCUGCGGCCCCAAAUAAUCAGACUGCAUCUGGAUCUUCUGGCUUAGACCUGAUCGUGAUGCCAGGGAUGGCCUUUGACCCCGAAUUCAGACGACUCGGCCAUGGGAAAGGCUACUAUGACAGUUUCCUGUCAAGGUACUUGAGAUGGGAAGCAGAAAAUGAGACAGCCCCGCGAGACAUGCCUUUACUCGUCGCUCUCUCCCUCAAAGAGCAAACACUUUCCGCACCCGAAGAAGUACCCGUUACAAAUCAUGACUGGCCUGUAGAUAUCCUAAUCGUUGGCGAUGGUCGGUGUCUCGUGCGCCGACGGUGA